UUGACGUUUAAAAUCAACGCGCAAAAGUCUUGUUAACAGUUCUAAAUCUAAUGCAGAGUCGCACACGCGGUUAACAUCAGUUAAGCAAUAAGCCAAUAGGCAUUCGCAGCACGCGCACGCGCGCCCACACAAACCGCAUAAGGAGGACUUCAUUCAUCGACACGCGUCAUUUCCACUCGAACUCAGCUGCAUCUCUGCACGGUGCGGCUGCUUUCCUCAACCGCCGUUUGCGGAAAUGCCCGAGAGUAGCCCUCAUGGCAAGAGCACUAACAGUUCGACGGAGGAUGUGUUUGCUGACACCUACACGGAGAAAGGAGGUCCCGGCCCCGUCAGGACGUUGGUGUGGAGGAACAUCUGGCUCAUGGUUAUGCUGCAUGCCGGCGCUCUCUACGGAGUCCGCCUCAUCCCGACCGCUUGUGCACUCACGCUCGCCUGGACUGCCGCGUGCUUCUUCUUCAGUGCCCUGGGCGUGACGGCGGGUGCGCACAGGUUAUGGAGCCACAGAUCCUACAAGGCUUCGCCGGCCCUCAGGGUCUUCCUGGCUCUUGCAAACUCAAUGGCCUUCCAGAACGACAUUUACGAGUGGGCGAGGGACCACCGCGUCCAUCACAAAUAUUCGGAGACGGACGCUGACCCGCACAAUGCAAAACGGGGCUUCUUCUUCGCCCACGUUGGCUGGCUCCUGGUUCGCAAGCACCCCGACGUCGCGGAGAAGGGCCGAAAAGUGGAGCUGUCUGACCUGAAAGCCGAUGAAGUGGUCAUGUUCCAAAGACGGCACUACAAACUCUCCGUGUUGAUCCUGUGCUUCCUGGUGCCCAUGUUGGUGCCCUGGUACUUCUGGGGCGAGUCCCUCCUGGUGGGCUACUUCCUGCCCGUGUUGCUGCGGUACACCGUCGGGCUCAACGCCACCUGGCUGGUCAACAGCGCCGCGCACAUGUGGGGCAACAGGCCGUACGACCACACCAUCAACCCCAGGGAGAACAGGAUCGUCGCCUUCAGUGCCAUAGGCGAAGGCUUCCACAACUACCACCACACGUUCCCCUUCGACUACGCCACCAGCGAAUUCGGCUGCAGGCUCAACCUCACCACCGCCUUCAUCGACCUCAUGUGCUUCCUGCGCCUGGCCUGCGAGCGGCGGUCGGCGUCCAAGGAGAUGAUAGCGGCCCGCGUGCAGCGGACGGGUGACGGCAGCAUUAAAAGUGGCUGAGCCGCAACGUCGAGUAUGCAUUAUUUUGAUGAUGAUGAUUAGGAGACACUGCGUGGUGCUGACUUACUCUGAUCACUUUUCUAACAGGUCACGUUUCGAGUAUCUGGUCAUUCAGUGCAUUGUUGUGGUACCGCAACAGUGAAGUCGCACGCCUCUUAAUUCCGACAUGCUUGUCUAUUGUAAAAGUAAUCUGAACCAACUCGCUUCACGUUUGUCGUCUUUUGGGAGAAUGAAACGCAAUGUGCGCAUUGUGGUUGGAGGGCCAAUGGGUUUUUCUGCACACGCACGCACGGGAACCUUUCCCUUAUACGUUUAUGGUGUUAUUUUUGAUUUGGAGAUAAUUGCUUGCCCUCAGAUAAGACUGUCAGUCAGAAAUGCACUGCAGCAAAACAUCUCGGAGUCACGUCUUGGUGGGGGUAUGGGUGAGGUCAUGUUUUACAAAGGUGAUCUACUAAUUUAACCAAAAGCACAAAUCAUCCAAAUAGAAUGUUGUAUCAUUGCUUUCUUGCGUGGAUUUGGACAUGACUCUUUUUGAAAGGGUUAACUCAUUUAAAAAAAAAAUGGCAGAAAUUUUCUAUGAAUGUCUGUUAUAAUAAACAUAAUUUCAGACCCAAGAAAUGUUAUUACCUCACAUUUGGAAUGCUAGGAUUACCCUUAAAUGAAAUUCUAUUAAAAAAAAAGUUCACCUUAUCAUAUGAGUCGUACUAUACUUACACACGCGUGCAGUGUUUUUCCCCCCUCUUCUCCUUUCAGCCUUGCAGUACGUUUUUGUGGGACAUCUUGUACGUUAAUUGAGUGUCCCGUCCUCAACCUUGCGAUUGUCAUCGGGCCAACUGUUUGUCGCACGCACACGCAAAAAAAAGAAUUGUGCACACAUGCGUCACGAUCUCACUGGGCAUUUUUCAGAUAGCGCCGCACGCCGUCUCGGUUGUUGGACAUUCCUCGUUUAACAGUUGGCCGCGGUGCAGCCAGUGUGUCACCAUUGGUCGUCAAAGCAACUACCAACUGAACGAGUCGUUUUUCAACACGGUGGAAUGAGAGAGGGAGUGACAAAAGGAGGCGGGGAAAUGUAUAGGAGGCCAAUGGAGCCUUGAGCUACACUGCCCUCUACUGGACAAAUUGCGCCAUUUAUCGGGAAAAAAACUCAAUGUAUUGGGACAAACACUCUAAUGCCGUCCUCAGUGGACACAUAGAGAAAAUAAAGAGAGAAUGCAGCACAAAAU